CACUUCUAAUAAUUAUAGACGCGGAGGCACAGGCAAGGCACAAGAAACUCACCUCACCUCACCAUAUCUUCACGAUAACUUCAUUCUCUCAAAUACUACCAUUAUUGAAGCUCCCAGCCAUCUACUGCAAGAAUUGUAUGAGAGCAUUCCCCACGCUACACUGAUGCGCCCAUCUCCCGCCAACUCUCCCCCCCUUCCUUAAUCAACCACCCACCAGCCGAAGAAUGGCGACCACCCACCAAUCCCUCCGCGAACGCCAAAUCCGCUCCAUCGAGAAGAUCCUCAAUUUAAACCACGCCCAGGAUCCCGCAGCCAGCCAUGCCGACCCGAACGCCAGCUCCCAUGAGAUAACCUCGUCCUCCGUGCCGAUCCUGGAUGAGGAUGGAAACCCUAUCUGGAAGAUCCUGGUGUUUGACGACCUUGGGCGGGAUAUCAUUAGCAGCGUGCUGAGGGUCAGCGAUUUGCGAACAUGGGGGGUCACAAUGCACAUGCACAUCGCAUCAGCACGAAACCCCAUCCCCGACGUCCCCGUCCUCUACCUCGUCGAGCCCUCCCCCGACAACCUCAAAGCCAUCACCACCGACCUAACCCGCGGCCUCUACUCCCCCGCCUACAUCAACUUCCUCUCCUCGAUACCCCGCCCCCUGCUCGAAGACUUCGCCUCCCAGACCGCCGACGCCGGGACCUCCGAGAACAUCGCCCAGGUCUUCGACCAGUACCUUAAUUUCAUCGUUAGCGAGCCGGAUCUGUUUAGUCUGGGGAUGCGAAAGGAUCACACGUACUGGGCGCUCAAUAGCGCGAAGACGACGGAUCAGCAGUUGGAGAAUAUAAUUGAGCGGAUUGUGAGCGGGCUCUUCAGCGUCGUUGUUACGAUGGGUGUCAUCCCCAUCAUCCGCUGUCCCAAAGGCGCAGCAGCUGAGAUGAUCUCCGCGAAACUCGACCGCAAGCUACGCGACCACAUCCUAAACUCGAAAGAUAACCUCUUCUCCAGCUCCGGCAACCGACCAUCCACAUCCACCAGCGCCACAUCCUCGCGCCCCGUCCUCCUGAUCCUAGACAGGAACGUAGAUCUGAUCCCCAUGCUCUCGCACUCAUGGACAUACCAAUCCCUCGUCCACGACGUGCUAAACAUGAAACUCAACCGCAUCACCGUCGAGUCCCCCAUCGAUGAGGAGAACCCCGCCAAGGGCACCACGAAGCGCAGCUACGACCUUACGGCCAACGACUUCUUCUGGACCAAAAACGCCGGCCUGCCAUUCCCCCAAGUCGCCGAGGAUAUUGAUGCGGAGCUAAUGCGGUAUAAAGACGAUGCCGCGGAAAUCACCAAGAAAACCGGCGCCUCCUCCCUCGAGGACCUCCAAAACGACACCAGCGCCUCCGCACAACACCUCAAAGCAGCCAUAACCCUUCUCCCCGAGCUGCGCGAGCGCAAAGCCGUGUUGGAUAUCCACAUGAACAUCCUCGCGGCGCUCUUGAACGGAAUAAAGAAUCGCCAGCUGGACAACUACUUCCAGCUCGAGGAGACGAUCACGAAGACCUCCAAGGCGCAGAUGCUGGAGUUGCUGAAUGAUGAGGAUAAGGGGAAGGAACCGUUGGAUAAGUUGAGGGUUUUCAUUAUCUGGUUCUUGAGCACUGAGCAGGAGGUUUCGAAGGGGGAUAUGGAUCGGUUUGUGGAGGCGCUGGGGAAGGCGGGGGCGGAUACUAGUGCGGUUGCUUAUAUUCAGAAAGUCCGCGCAACAACCCGCAUGACAAUGCUAACCUCCACCGCCCUCCCCCCCUCCGCCCCACCCCCCUCCUCCUCCUCCGACCUCUUCCGCAACUUCUCCUCCAUCUCCAACCGCCUAACCGACCGCCUCGCCGCCACCGGCGUAACCGCCAACUUCGAGACCCUAAUCUCUGGUGUCAAAAACUUUUUGCCUGCGAAUCGCGAUUUGACUAUUACCAAGAUUACGGAGAGUAUUAUGGACCCUGCUGCUGCUUCCAGUUCGGCGAUUGCUAAGACGGAGAAUUACCUUUAUUUCGACCCGCGCUCCGCCAACGCGCGCGGGACGGCCCCCCCGCCGUCUGCGCCGCGCGGUGGGACGGCAUCACCUAUGCCUGGCGGACUGGGUAGUCUCGGUCCCGGGACAGGAGCGAGCUUUGGACAAAGACGCCAGGGGUUCAGCGAGGCGGUGGUGUUUACAGUGGGGGGCGGGAGUAUGGAUGAAUACGGUAACCUUUUGGAGUGGGCGAAGCGGACGGGUGAGGGGGGUGUGGGUGCAGCGAAGGGGGCGGGGAGGAGGAGGGUGGUUUAUGGGAGUACGGAGAUUGUGAGUGCGGGAGAGUUUUUGGGGGUUGAGAUGCAGGGGUUGGGUGUUGAGGUGUCUAGUUAA